AUGGAAUAUCUUACUCUCCAAGAUAUUCCGCACCGUCACUGUGAACCGCUGCACUCGCGCAAGAUGACUUCUGCACAUCCUGCCGAACGGCCGCUGGCUAACAUGGUCGCUGCGAACCACCACAUGCGCAGCUCACCGCCCAUCCAGCCCGGAGAGCAAAACUUUCCUGGCAAACUUCCUUCAUUUUCUGAGUUUCUCCACACUACGCGGACCACCACCCCCCCGCGGACGCCUCAGCGUCGAAAUGACUCUGCUGAAAGCUCUCCCCACGUGCAACCUCAAUUUGAAGAUGUAUCUUGGUCAGACAGCAAGAGAAGGCGCGUCGACACGCUCGGCGAUAUCUACGAGCCGCCUAUGCAGGGCCGUCGAAUGAGCAGUGCUAUUGACCCUGCCCUUUCUGGCUACUCGCCCCGCAUCGCCCAGCAACACGCAGUGCAGCCCGUAGGAUCCGGCAUGCUUCACCGUCCAAGCCAUUCAUACGCGGCACCCCAGCAGCAGCCAAUGGCUAUGAACCCGCACAUGCGACAUCAGUCAUCACCAGCACCCCAGAGCCACAUGUCUUACGCACCGCCAUCUCUCCAGCAACCCAUCGGGCAGAGCCCUUUCCAACAGCCCAUGGUCCAGCAAGGUGGCAUGUACGAGCCUCCCCGACACAGCUACUACCACGAACCCCAAGCUGCUGUCUACGGUGGCUACGAGCGACCGAAUGAAUCUUUCUUCACUCGGCCGGGCUACCCAAGUUACGACUCCCAGUAUGGCGACAUCCGAUUCCAGCAGCACGUAGGCCUUGAUCACAACGCAUUCAACAGGAAGCGCCGAGGAAACCUGCCCAAAGAAGCUACCAACUUGCUGAAAGAUUGGUUUGCCGCCAACCGAACAUCGCCUUAUCCCACUGAAGACCAAAAGAUGGAGCUUUGCAACCGGACUGGAUUGAGUCUCAACCAGGUAUCCAACUGGUUCAUCAACGCUCGUCGUCGUGCUCCACAAAAGGAACAGCGAGAGCGUGAAGCCAAUGGCCCAGAGGCAUAG